GUUCGGCUUUCAGUUUCCUGAGAGACUUCCAACAGAAAACAUCGAAAUUCGGUGAAAAAUUGAGGAAAAGAAAGAAAAAAAGCUAGCAGCUGCAUUUAGAUAGCAGAUACCGAUACCUUGAAUUGGUAUUUUCCACGCAAAAGUGCAUUAAAAAUACGCGUUUUUUGAAAGAAGAGACAAAGUGAUUACCAAACAGAGAGCCAAAGUUCAUUGGACGCCCCAAGAAAUCCGAGAGACAAAGUGAAACGACCUCGCACAACGCGCGCAAAAAGAGAGAACUAAAGAAAAAUACACACCCACAACUUAAACUGAUUGCUAUUGCAACGCUCCUUUCAAGGAAAAAUAAUCAAAGCUACAAACAUGGAUGUUUGGGGACUCUGCGUUAGCGAUACCACGAUGGCAUAUGGCGGCUCAAUGCGAAGCGGAUAUUACCGGGAUUACGAGCAGUUCCCCUACGGAACCCUCGAAUCCACAACCUCUCAGCAUGCGGUCAAGGAUUGUUACAGUCGAGUGCAAGAAAAAUGCAAGCAAGUGAAGACCGAGAAGCAGAUGCGCAAGGACUGUCCGUUCUGCAAGGAACACAAGAAGCGACCGCUUAUUAACUACAUGCGCAAGCGGGAGCAGCGAAAGCAUCAUGACAGCAUCUGCGAGGACGAGGAGGACAUGCACGAACAUGAGCUGGAGCACGCCCACAAUCAUAGCCAAACCUCCGUCCUUGCAGCUCCGCAAAGCUGCAAGGUGUGAGAGGGAGCGAGAUGACUCUAUUACAGACGUUUCCCACUGACAUUCGCGAAAUGCCAUAUAUACGAGAGUGUAAACAGAAGAAAGGAAAGAAACCCGAAAGAGAGACAACAAAAACAAAGAAAUAACCAGAGGAGAAACGAGAAAUAAAGCUGUUAAAGAAAGAUUGCAAGAUUGCAAGAAAGAGCUAAAGAGAGAGAGAGAGUGAGACAGCAGCAUACAGUUACAAUAAUCCAAGGCAACUGUACCCGUUAUUUUUGAAAUGGUUGCCCCAGCAUUUCCGCAUCGCGAAUACACUACCAUUUACAAGAACAGAAAAACUUGAUACCAAUUUACAAUUCCCUAUAUAACCAUUAUCUACAAUUUCGUUUUGACGCCAACUUCGCAGUUAUGUACAACUAUAAACAGUAAUUUGUUUACCGACAAACAAUAGCGCACGAUGAAAAAAUCAAAUAACGAAUACCUGCCCCGCUUGACCAACGCAUUUUUUUGACCUUAGGCAAGAGAAAAGAAAAACCUGAAAAAAAGCUACAAAAAAUAUAUUUACAAAAAAAACACAACAAGGGAAGCAAAAAUAGCAGAAAAACAAAAUUUUCUAUUUUGCGUACGAGACUGAGUAAAUUGCAGUAGAAAAUGUUUAAGCUAAAUUUUUUGGUUUUUUCGUUGGAUUUAUUUUGGACCCAAUUGGAUCAGUUACAGGUAUACCAUAUAGACAAGAAAUAAUGAAAAACAAAUAAGAUACGAAAAUGCUUCAUUGGCGCCAACUAAGGUAUAUAAAAUAUUAUUUUUUCGAUAUAUGUGUAGCUACUUUGGACCCCCGAUUUUUAUUGUAUCCUUGUCUAUAUUAGACAUUCCCAUAUAUUUAUUG